ACAUUCGCAUUCAUCAGACGUUUCCUAUAAAUACUACAACUUCAUUCAAUCAUUAAUCUCACUCAUUCAAUCUCUCACACACAAUUACAGUAAGUCAGUAACAAGUAGUACACAAAACAGAGCCAACUGCUUCCUUUUCUGCUCCGAUAUUCCAACCAAAAUCAACAACAUGACACUGCAAAAGGUGGUGAUCAGGGUGUCCAUGGUGGACCAAAAGAAGUCUCGCACCAAGGCCAUGAAGAUCGCAGCGACUGCUUUCGGGGUGCAGUCCGUCGCAUUGAGCGGGGACGCAAAAGAUCAAAUAGAGGUCACCGGGGAAGGAAUAGACACCGUAGAGCUCGCCAAAUUACUGAGGAAGAAGAUAGGAAGCGGAGAUUUGAUCAGCGUCGGACCAGCCAAGGCCGAAGACAAGAAGGAUGAGAAAAAAGACGAGGCCAGUGUGGUUCCGUUGGUGUGGGGAUCGCAGCCUUAUUAUUAUAAUUCCUAUCCUGUGGUUUAUGCUCAUGAUCACUAUGACUCCCCUUCCUGCACUCUCAUGUGAUUCACCAUCCAAUUCACUGCUUGCUCCUUUGCUAAGCAAUAAAACUAUACAUAAUUUUUGUAAUCUUUCUUUCUUGUUAAUAAUUAUUUUCGUUUGUUUA